AUGGCGACGCUUUUAAAAUGCUACAAACCGGUGCUUCCCUUCGAAAGCCGUAAAAUGCCCAUUGCCGCCGCCGCAGCUGCCGCCUUCAAGAGUUUCAGAUACUACGCGAGAACCCGACCUACCCUUAGGUGUUUGAGUACAAUUGGUAAUGCUAAGUCAACUGUGGAAAUUAAAGUGGGAGGAACUGAGACUGAAUUGAGGAAGCAGCAGCAACUAUGGUUGCACAAUACGAUGAGCAAACAAAAGGAAUUAUUUAUACCUAAAGUACCUGGAAAAGUUGGAAUGUAUGUUUGUGGUGUAACGGCUUAUGAUCUUAGCCAUAUCGGUCAUGCUCGUGUUUAUGUUUGCUUUGAUGUUUUAUAUAGAUACCUAAAUUAUUUGGGAUAUGAAGUCAAUUAUGUUCGCAACUUUACUGAUGUUGAUGACAAGAUUAUUGCUAGAGCAAAUGAGCUGAACGAGGAUCCAAUCAAAUUAAGCCGACGCUUCUGCGAAGAGUUUCACCAAGACAUGAGUUAUCUUCAUUGUCUUCCUCCUUCGGUGGAACCUCGCGUGUCUGAUCACAUGCCUCAUAUAAUCGAUAUGAUUCAGCAGAUUCUCGAUAAUGGCUGUGCUUACAGUAUCAAUGGUGAUGUCUAUUUUUCUGUAGACAAAUUUCCAGAAUAUGGGAAAUUAUCUGGCCGAAAACUGGAAGAUAAUAGGGCAGGAGAGCGUGUAACGGUAGAUGCAAGGAAGAAGCAUCCAGCUGAUUUUGCGUUGUGGAAAUCUGCGAAGGCGGGAGAGCCUUUCUGGGAGAGUCCCUGGGGUCCAGGAAGACCUGGAUGGCAUAUUGAAUGCAGUGCCAUGAGUGCUGCACACUUAGGAUAUUCUUUCGACAUUCAUGGUGGGGGUAUGGAUCUCGUAUUUCCUCACCAUGAAAAUGAGAUUGCCCAGAGCUGUGCUGCUUGUAGGACGAGCAACAUAUCAUAUUGGAUACACAAUGGAUUUGUCAACAUUGACUCUGAGAAGAUGUCAAAGUCAUUAGGAAACUUUUUUACUAUUCGACAGGUGAUUGAGCUUUAUCACCCUCUGGCACUUAGGCUUUUCUUGAUCGGGACACAUUAUAGAUCUCCAAUCAAUUACACGAUUGUACAGAUUGAGAGCGCAUCGGACCGCCUCUUUUACAUUUAUCAGGCAUUAUAUGAUUGUCAAAUUCUUGUCAGCCAGCAUGAUGAGGCAAGUUGGAAGGAUUCUAUUCCUGCAGAGACUGCUAGUUGUAUAAAUAAAUUCCAAGAUGAAGUUUUAUCUUCAAUAUCAGAUGACCUUCACACUCCUGUUGCCUUGGCAGCAAUGUCGGACCCUCUGAAGUUGAUCAAUGAUCUCUUACAUACACGAAAGGGUAAAAAGCAAGCGUUGCGGAUAGAGUCACUUGUGGCCUUAGAAAAUACUAUAAGGAAUGUUUUAGAAACUCUGGGGCUUGUGCCAGCCAGUUACGCACAGGCUUUAUGUGAAUUGAAGGAGAAAGCUUUGAAGCGUGCAAAGUUGACGGACGAUCAAGUUCACCAGAAAAUCACAGAGAGGGAAACAGCAAGAAAAAAGAAAGAAUAUGAUAGAUCCGAUGCAAUUCGAAAUGAUUUGGCUGCCGUAGGAAUUGCUUUGAUGGACAGUCCUGAAGGCACGACGUGGAGACCAGCUAUUCCUCUUGCUUUGCAAGAAGAGCAGGUUGCAGCCCCUUGAAAUUCCUCACAUGUUUAGUUCCACUCUAAACUCAGAAAAGGUUUUCCUUGCCAACAUCUUAGAGAAGCAAAUUUGGGGCUUUGAGAGUAUUUUUGAGCUAAAUAUUUUAAAUUUUGGGGUAUUUUUAGACUCAGAUGUAUGGAUGAUUUUUGUGUCAUUUCCUACCAGUAUAAUAUUUUUUUAGUUUUUUAGUUUUCA